AUCUCCAUUCGAAAUGGCAAAGAAAUAAACUUAAGUACUUACUUCGAUACACAAUACAACUUCUAGAAACUUCUUAGGCAUAAAUAUGAAUAAAUUCAUACCAGUGUUGUUGCUAUGCUACAUAUGUGUGGUAGCUUUCAUUAUAAUCGACGUGAGUGAAGCUAAUGACACAAAGGUUCUACAAAGGAAUAGGAGAUACCUAUCCUUCUUAAAUAUGACGCGUUUCUAUCUAAAAUUCAACUUCAAAGCGAACAUAAUUCCAUGGAACCAGCUGUUCGCCCAAGCUAUAGGGUUCCGUAUGAACUGGGACGGACCUCCGUCAAAUUUUAGACCAUUCCAUCGGAUAUAUAGGAGAGAAAUCUACGAUUAUGUUGAAACACUUCUAGAUAAAAAUGGUUUGGAAGGGUUCCACUGCGUCCGACGUGCCAUCUGUGAGAUACAAAUGAUCGCGGAACCUAACAUGAUAUACCACAAACUUUUGAAAAUGGUUUUUAGAAAAAUGUCACCAACAACAGAAAGAUGGCACAAUGUCACCACAGAUGAAUGCACAACGUCGAUCACUAUUUGCCCCCUUUCAUUGCUUCAAGUAUCACCCUACACUGAUAUCAUGUGA